CAUGAAUGGGGAAAAAUAAGUAAACUUUUAUUGGUUAAUAAGCAAUGGUAUUACAAUGCUAGUAGACUAAUAUGGCAUAAAAUAACUCUAACAGGUAUCUCCGGAGUCAAGUUUACUAAUGCAUUGAGUAAAAAUACGAAGCCAAAAUCAUGUGAACAAGUAUUAUCUCUGAAAUUUAUUGGAACAAUAAAUAUAGGACUGGAUGUAUACAUUUCUGAAGUGUGUAAGGCAUGCGCAAAUUUACAACAGCUAAGUUUUGAAAAUUGUGGGUCGCGUAUAAUUAACAAUAAAAAUUUAGAAGCACUUUUAGUCGAGUGUUCCAAUUUAAAAUCACUUGCAAUAAGAGGUUCCAGAUGCUUAAGCCCAAAAACAAUUACAAAAAUUCCCAAACUGGCUCCUAACCUGGAAACAAUAGAAAUUAAUGAAGCAGUAUGUUUAAAACCAAAGAUGUACUCCAUCCUACCAGUUGGGCAUGAUCCAAAGACUCCCGAUGAUUCUGAUUCAGAAGACUCUAAAAAGAAGCAUAGCAUUCAGAAGGCAAAGAGUGUUAAGAAAUACGUAGUUAAGAGGGAACUUCGACAUGAUAAGUUCCUAGAAUGUCUUAGAAACAAGAGACUAACCCAGCAUGAUAUGUAUGGCCUCCGAAGUUAUGAUCAUCAAAUAUAUAUGGAGAGG